UGUUUUUUUAAUUUAAUCUUUGUCUUGUUGUUGAAUUGAGCAUUUACCGAAAAAGAAGAAGGAGAAGAAGAAGAGAAAGAGGAAACGAAUAAAGUCAAAAGCUGGGAAUGGAUUCACUCUUAUCAUAGAUAUUGAAGGAAUCGAGAGAGGAAGGGUUAGGGUUAGGGUAAGGUUGACAAGGCAGAGGAGAAGAAGAAGAAGAAGAAGAAGAGAAGUUAAUUCAAAUGCCGGAAGACGACUUGGUCGACAUCAAGUUUAGGUUGUACGAUGGCUCCGAUAUCGGACCCUUCAGGUACUCCUCCGCCGCCACCGUCGAUAUGCUUAAGCAAAGGAUUGUCUCCGAUUGGCCCAAAGGUAAAACAGUCAUGCCAAAGUCAGCAAAUGAAGUGAAAUUGAUUAGUUCUGGUAAAAUAUUGGAAAACAACAAGACUGUCGGUCAGUGUAAAGUACCAUUUGGUGAGAUUGCGGGGGGAGUUAUAAUAAUGCAUGUUGUUGUACAGCCAUCUCUAGCAAAAACUAAAGCUGAAAAGAAGAUUGAUGAUUCACCGAAGAAGGUUGUCUGUUCUUGUUCCAUAUUGUGAAGACAGUUCGUGAAUUGGAAAUGUUUAUCCUUGAUCCAUCAACCAUUACUACAGAAAUCAUCUGCUUGAACAAACCCUUUUAUUUUCAGCAUUCCUGUGUAAAGUACGUAUACGGGCAAUUAUAUAUUCAUAGAAAAGUUUGUGUUAAUGGUGACUUCUGAAUUUGAUGUCAUUCUUUUAUUACAAGAGGGGUUGAUGACUUUGUAACCAUUGAUGCUAUCAUUGUGCAUGACGUUUUCAUUGGCAUUUCCAUUG